CAGAGCAGACACAGCGAGUUCAGUGAGGAGGACACGGGAGGAAAUCUGUGUGCUGUUUGAUGUUCGCUGGAGUCUUCAGCAAAGAUAUGAGCGUGAGGAUCAGCAGACACUGAGACAACUGCCAUGGACAAACAGAAAGUGCUGGCCAAGCUGAUCUGGGACCUGCAGUCCUUCCUGUCUGUUCUGGACUCGGAAAACCUGAGUUACAUCGCUCAGGCUCAGAAGAAAUCCAUCUCAGAGCUGCUGUCCAAGCUGAAGACUCAUGACACUCCAGUGGAAGAUGCUGAGUACAUGAUCAUGAGCUGUCCGUCAUCGUCUCCUACCACCGAGCUGACAGAUACACCUGUGACAGAAGGUGUCCGGUCCUCCGAGCUGGUCUUAAAUCAGGACCUGUGUGCCUGGCUGAGGAAUGGGAUGCAGGGCCUCAAGGUGCUACCCCACCCUCCAGGAGGUCUAGGAGGUGAUGAUGAUGAAGAUACAUAUGAGGAGGCAGAACCUUACAUAGCUGCUGACACCACCAUGUCCAACACUGAGAAGGCAGAGUCAGACAGCAGUCACUAUGAGUCAUACGGUGAGGAAGACAAUGAUGAUGAUGAGGGGGAGGAGUUUAUGAAGGACAGGGCUCACUACAUCCAAUGGAGUGCCUCACAGCCCUGCCUAAAGCCCACACCAGAGUCCCGCCUGUGUGGUUACCUGUGGAGGAGGAAGUGGCUCGGACAGUGGAGCAAAGAGCUGUUCAUCAUCCGGAACGACGUGCUGCUGUGUUAUAAGUGUGCUCGGGACCUGCUACCUCAGCUGGAGUUGAGCCUGCGCGGCUGUCAGCUCGUCUACAAGUCAAAGAGCAGCAAGAAGAUCCAACACCAGCUCAAACUGGUGCUACUGGGCUCCGAGACGCUGGUGCUGGGCUACAGCACCUUCCAGCAGGCCGACGAGUGGAAGAAGGUGAUCGAGGAGGUGAGCGUUGGAGGUGAUAUGGAGAUGCACAGCUUUGCAUCUCUGAAUAAAUCAGACCAGCUGCUGUCCUGCAGGUCCAGUAUAGUCCAGACUGACUCUGAUGAGGAGAAACCUUCAUCUUUCUUCACCCCCAACAAGAACAAAGGUUUCCUGAAUGUGCUGAUGAACUGUCAGUGGCAGAGUUUACUGUGUCAGGUGGAGGUCGGAGUCCUCAACAUGUUCGGAGAGGAGGAGGAGAUGAAGAAGGAACGCUCGCCUCAAUACACCAUCCAGCUCAGAGGCUGUGAAGUCAAACCCGGGCCUGACACCAGCUACUCCUACAGGAUAACACUGAGCAUGCUCGAUGAUCAGGUGGCAGUGCUGGAGGUGAGCACUUCAGAGGAAAAGCAGCAGUGGUUGAAGCUGCUGCAGGACAGCGCUGCAUAUCACAGUCACCAUGACAACAAAACACAGGAGCACACAGGUGUUACCCUCAGUGGGCUGCAGACUCGGAGGUUUCCCACCUCCAACACCUACAUGGAUGAUCCCUUCCAUCUGAGUGGGCCGUGCCGAGACCAGCCCAUCUACUCCAACACCAUGGAGCACAUGUUCCAGGGCCGUCAGGAUUCGGUGUCGUCCAAAGGCUCUGUGACCUACAGCAACACUGUCCUCAGCAGCCACAACAGGAAGGUGGCUGAAGUGCAGCGAAGCGUUCAGAAGCUCGAGCUGACUGGCGGGAAGGCGGUGCCAUUGAGGGCAGGGUCAGAGAUGAACUUGGCAUCCACCACAAAGCAAAACAAGCGCACCUCUUUUAGACAGUCCCUGGCCAUCUACAGUGAGCGUGCUCAGGCUGGCAUCCUGAACCCUCUGCUGCGACGGACGGCUUCGGCUAAAAACUCCCUGAGACGGGCUCCUUCAGCAUUGUUCAUCGAACAUGGAAAAGUUUUCCAGAGGAAGAAGGAAUGGGAAACCAAGGUAGCUGCUUGACCCCAGUCGACCGGCUGAUCACGUCCCACCAACUACUGUGGACAUUUUUACCACCCAGCAUGUUUUUGUAGUGUGGAGGUUUCUCUCAGAAGUGCCAUGAGGGAACUUUCCAACACAAACACCCAUCAGACAAGCGCGUAGAGAAAAUCCACAUUAAUGUCCCACAAGAAGCAGGCAGUGAGUGUCUCUUUGCUGCUUUGGAUCUCUGAGCAGAACUCUCUUAUAUUCUGGAACCAUUUCAUAUCCAAGAUGGAUCGUUAAAGUUUCAAUUUUCAAUCAACAACAGUAAAUGAUGUUUUUAGUAAGUUUACAGACCCGCCACAGUAAGCUGCUCCU